AUGACAGGGGAGGCAUUGACUUCUAAAGAUCCAAAGAAGAUCAAUGGGGCUCCUACUUGUUCUACCAACUACCAAGCUAUUAAUGAAAGUGGGUCACUCCAAUCUCUCACUAAAACAUCACUAGGCAGUGAACAAAAAGAUACUCCCCCAAACCCACCAUCUUUGCCGAAUAAAGUUAUUGCAAACAAGACUCCAUGCGCGACUUCAACCACAGUUGAUGUUGAGAUAGAGGACCACCACAACAUCCAAGAGUUCCCAACUCUCCCUACGGGUAACAGUGUUCGGGACUCUUCCCCUGUUCCUACGGUGAAUGCUAUUGAAAAACUGGUUGAGAGCUUUGACCUCCUCAUGAACAUCCGAGGGAAAAUUGAAACCAUAGAGGUCAAGGUGGAGUACCAAUGGAGACCUAAAAUUUGUCAUAACUGCUGCAUUUUUGGUCACACCGAGUCAACCUGUCCCAAACAAAGAACUGUGGAAAGCUGGAAGCCCAAACCAGCUCCUUUACAAGCUAGCUCAGAUAGGCUAGAUAAUGGAAAGGCAAUUGCAACUAUGACUGGGUUAGAACAGCAAGAGGCUGGUCAGACUCAAGUAGAGGAAUUGAUAGGAGGUUACCAAGCUUCUUCCUUGGUCACGGUCAAGAAUAAUAUGGGAAUGGUUAUCCAAGGUGGCGCCUCUACCUCUUCUCAACAAGAAAUUUUGGGUCAUGAUCACCAUAUCACUAAGAUAACAGUCAAUGAGAGUACCCCUCCCCAACUGCUCAUGCAAGCUGGUGUUACUUUGGCAUCUAACAAAUUUGAGGAGCUCAACAAGGAGGGGGCAAAUUGUGGUUGA